AUGGCCAGUGCUACUGGAGAGCAUAUUUCCGAUUAUGCUAGAUCGACGAUGGAAGGUGGUGUCUACGUCGAGUGGAGCGGCGACCAGCGAAUGUUCCGGGUAGUCUCCGAAGAAUCAAUGGAAAAGCAAUUUUCAGCGCUAGGACUACGGCCUGAUAUGCAGCAAGAGAGAAACGAGACUAACCAAGCAGAUCAAGAGUUAGAGGAACUAACUAGACGUUUUAAAUACUGCUUGGGAGACUAUGACUUGUCGUCAGCCAUUUUAGAAAUGCAAGCACUUCGUACACGAAUAUUGACGAAGAUCCUGGAAUCCCGAACACCUUUGAGAUGGUUUCCCGGCUUUCUGGUUGCAUGGCAAAAUCUACUCAGCUUCAUCGGCGAGUGUGGUGACAUUCAAUUUCCCUCUAUAGAUUUUGUUGAGUAUUGUCGAGAACUCACGGCACUAGCAAACGGUUGGAAGCUCAUCGGCGACGUCGCACAGGCUCGCUCAACAUUAGGAAAGUGUUUCGAAGUGACUCGACGUAACCUCAAAGUGCCUCUAGCAGAAACAGCUCCCUUCGAAGAUGACGACAGCCAAGCGCUACGAUGUGCCGCCAGAUCGGCAAAGAAACUGCUUCUCGACUGUGUGGCAUUUCAAUCCUCCCUGGAUCGCACCAAAGAACUCUUUGGACGUCAUGAGGCACCAGCUCACGUGCUAUCCUCUCUUAGCAAGGAUUUCUGGACUUUAAUCCGCGAAGCCCCGUUCUCCGUUGAGCUGGCAAUUUCCCUGGCACAAUGUUUGAUGAAGCAGCGUCAGUUCGCCCUGGUGACGAGGUUUUUGGAAUAUUCACCCUUUUCAGGAGAGGAUGGCGAGUUGACACUGAUACAUGCACAAGCGCUGACCUAUGUGGGGUUUUACAGGCAGGCAAUUUGGAUUGCUGAAGUGUUCACUACACAACACAACGAGAUAACCUCCGCCAAACCAUUGCAGAGUUAUUGCGAUCAAUUGGUGACUCUGCUUGCUUAUCGGGAGAAAGCUGACGAAUGGCUGCGACUAGACCAAUACGAGAAGGCAAUGACAGCUUAUGAUGAGUGUUUGGCUUUAGUGGAUCCAGCCGACCAUAAGCAGAUUGCUGCGUUGCUGUUCGGGUACGCAAAUGCUCUCUUGGGACUGGAAAAGGUUUCUGCCGCGAUCAAGGAUUUCGAAAAGAGUUUGCAACUAGACCCAUCGAAUAAAGUCGCAUCCAUUCGAUUGCAAACAGCGUGCUUACAGUUACAGACAGCACGAAUCAAGAAAGAGAUUUCUGGAAACCGCUUAAACAAUAAGCCGCGAAGAAUGAGUAAGUGGUACAAGUAAAGCGAUAACUGGAGAGUUCUAUGCGUCACCACAUUACUCCUCCUUGUUCGUCAAUUUGACUUUACCAUCUACCCC